UCUGUUCUCAAAUCUUUCAAUGUUCUAUAUUGUUAUACUAAUAUACUGGUUGGAUUUCAUAUUUCUGUGGAUAAAUUAAGUGUGUUUGUAGUUUUGUUGGAUUUGGAUUUAAUUGCUUAUUAUCGAUUGUGAAUUUUUCUUGGUUAACAUUUGAGUCUCAUACCAAUUUCAUGAUACUCUACAACUUUCUUUCUUCUUCUUCUUCUUCUUCCUCCUGACAUCUUCGAUGAAACUUCUUUAUCUUUUCCCUCUGCCAAGCUUGCCAUUCCUAAAAUAGAAAAAAAAAAUUAAAAAAAAAGGGGCUCAAAUUCAAUCCAAUUUUGCACAUAUACUAAGUGGUAUUCGAAACCAGUCAGAAAGUCACUUUACAUCGAAUACAUGGUCGAAGAUGAACUGGUAAUGGUGCGGGUGGCGUGCAAGUCAGCCUCAAAACCUUGCCUUCCAUUUUCCUUUUUUUUUUUUUUUUUGGGUUUUUUCUUUGGGGUCUUUUCCUUCUUUAUCAGAUAACCCGAUACAGAGGGUGUGAGAGUGCGACUGAAUAAUUGUACUUGGGAUAGACGGAGAUAGAUAAAUAAUCUUCAAAAAUGGAUCAAGGAUCCUCUAAACAUGGUCUUGCUUUUAUGGAUAGGUUGUGUUACUGUAUCUGGUGCAAUCCUUUUUCUUGUAAUGACAAGAAUGUUAAAUGGUGUCCUGCCUAAGAAAUCACAAAUAAAUGUUUGGUUCGAGGUCAAUAAUCAAAUCCUUAAUGCUCUCUUUACCCUCAUGUGCUUGUACCAACAUCCAAAGCGGUUCCACCACCUAGUACUUCUAAUCAGGUGGAAGCCAAAGGAUGUAACCACACUAAGAGAGAUGUACUGCAAGAACGGUAAAAAGAAGCCCCAUGGCCGAGCUCACAUUAUGGUAGUUAUUGUGUUACUCCUUGUGAAUUGCUUCGCUCAAUAUACACUUUGCGGACUUAACUGGGGAUAUAAGAGAUCUGAACGACCUGCUGCUGGUGAUGGCAUCAGCCUCUCUGUUGCAAUUGCUGGCGCAGCAAUUGCUGGUGUGUACACCAUGAUGAGCUCCUUUGGAAAGGAGUAUGACUUGGAAGUUGAUGAGGAAGUGCAGGAUCAAAUUCUCAUUAAUAUCACUAGGCAAGCCAAGCACUUGGGAUCAUUUGAGAGGAGAUUCUCAUUUGCAUCAAGAAAUGAGCAUAGUUGGUGGAGCAUGAACCUGAAUGGAAUGGAGGGUUAUUUGAUAUUGGGAAUGAUUUUUCUGUAGCUUAUUUUUCUCUCUUCUGCUGCAUAUGCCUUUUCCGGUGGAAUAUGGAAAGGCUUGGUUUUGGUAACAUGUAUGUUCACAUUGC